AUGUCCAUCGUAUCGCUGCUAGGUAUCAAGGUGUUGAACAACCCUGCUAAAUUCUCAGAUCCGUACGAGUUCGAGAUCACCUUCGAGUGUUUGGAGCCAUUGAAACACGAUUUGGAAUGGAAACUAACAUACGUCGGCUCGUCGCGCUCGUUGGAGCAUGACCAGGAGCUGGACUCCAUACUGGUGGGACCUGUGCCGGUCGGAGUGAAUAAAUUCGUCUUUGCUGCGGACUCUCCUUCUGCUGAGUUGAUUCCAGCUAGUGAAUUGGUCAGUGUCACUGUCAUACUGUUGAGUUGUUCCUAUGAUGGCAGAGAGUUCGUCAGGGUGGGGUACUACGUGAAUAACGAGUACGAUAGCGAUGAGUUGAGGGAGAACCCACCGGCAAAAGUCCAAGUCGACCAUGUUGUGAGAAACAUCCUGGCGGAGAAACCAAGAGUCACAAGGUUUAACAUUGUUUGGGAUAAUGAGAACGAAGCAGAUUUUUAUCCUCCAGAACAACAGGAAGUAGAGGAAAAUGAGGAAGAAGAGGAAGAGGAGGACGAAGAUGAGGAGGACGAGGAUGAGGAGGACGAGGAUGAAGACGAGGAUGAAGAUACAAAUGACCAAGGAACUGAAGAUGUCGAAGAAGAAAUAGAUAUCGAGGAAGAGGAAGUGGAUAAUGGCAAUGCAGCCGAAGACGCUGAAGACGAACAAGCAGCAGAAGGAGAUGUAACGGUAAAUGGGGAUGACGAACAAGACUCGAAAAGAAGGAAAAUUGAGACUCCAACAACAGAGAAUCCAGCUGAAACUGUCACUACCCCAAAGGAUAUACACUCUCCUGUAAAAACUGCUGAUUAA